UACCCGAAUAGAGCAAUUGGAACAAGUGCAAGACUCGAUCUUAAAGGGCCAAAAGGACUUCCAAUCAUCGGCAACCUAGUAUUGACUGCGCAAAAUGCGGAAAGGUUCAAUGACCACUUGUCUGAACUGAGUCGAAAAUACGGUGAAACAUGCACAUAUACUUUACCUGGUAUGCGAAUUGUUGUGAUCAGUACGCCGAAACAGGUAGAGCAUGUUCUGAAAGACAAUUUUCAGAACUAUUUAAAGGGACCUCAUAGCAAGCGUGUGAUUAGGGAAUUAUUUGGCGAUGGAAUUUUCAAUGUUGAUGGGGAAUCAUGGAAAUUUCAACGAAAACUUCUAAUUCCAGUUUUUCAAGGAAAAAAUUUUCGUGAAAUAAUUUGUCAUGGGUUUGAAGAACACACAAAAAUUGUGCUCGCAAUUUUAUCAAAAGCAGCCGAGACGGGGGAAACCAUAGAUCUUCAAAGUCUAUUCCUUCGCUUCACUUUUGACGUCUUCACAAAAAUCUGCUUCAAUAAAAAUUUUAACAUUCUGACUAAUCCCGAGAACGUGGCAACUUUCGUCAUCGCAUUCGAUCAUUUCCAAUCAGUAAUUAUGAAGCGUGCAUUUAAUCCUUUAUGGCCAAUUCUAGAAAUGUUCUCUGAGACCGGACGAAACAAUCGUAAAUAUCGUAAAAUACUUGAUGAUUUCGCGUGUAGUAUGAUUCGAGAACGACUACAGGAGCCUCUAAAGAUGGAAAGUCCUACUGAUAUCUUGCAAUUGUUUAUGGAUGCUAAAAACGCUAACGAAGAAAGCUUGAAUGAUAAAGAAUUACGUGAUAUGAUCCUUAAUGUGAUGGCAGCUGGACGAGAUACUAGCGCAAUCGCAAUGUCGUGGAUGAUGUAUAGAAUAAUGACAAAUCCUUCUGUCGAGAAAAAUUUAUUAAAAGAAUUUGACUCUCGCGUUACGCCCGAGAAUCCGAUCUCUGACUAUGAUAAUAUUAGUAAAUUCGCAUACGCCCAAGCAACAUUGAAUGAAACAUUGAGAUUGCACCCGAGUUUGCCAAUUAAUGCUAAGAUUACAGUAAAGGACGAUAUAUUACCCGGAGGCAUACCAGUAAAUGCUGGCGAUAUGGUAUUUUGGGCUCCAUAUAGCAUGGGUAGAGACGAACACAUCUGGGGUAAAGAUGCUAAUGAAUUUAAACCAGAACGAUUCUUGAAAUCCGGUGAAUUUAUCAGGCCAAGUUCGUUUAAGCAUGCUGUUUUCAAUGCUGGACCACGAAUAUGUCCUGGGCAGGAGUUUGCAACAAUCGAAGUGAUAAUUCUAAUAACAACGAUGCUCAAAAACUAUAGUUUUGAGCUGUUGACUAAUGAAAAAAAGAUUACAUAUUCAAAAUCGAUUUUCCUGCCAAUGAAGCAUCCAUUGAUGGUCAAAGUUACUAAACGCGAAGUAUCGGUGUCUUAA